AUGAAGAAAUUUUUAAAAUUGAAAAAUGAUUUUACAUUCCAAGAUUUUCUCAUUGAAGUUAAAAGCAAAUUCGGGCUUGCAACAAGUGCAGCUCUUCAAGUCUUGGAUAACACAGACACCAAUGUAGAGGAGGACAUCUUCCACAAAUUGAUUGAAGGCAGUCCACAUUUAUGCUUAACUGUAAGAUGUCCAGAAGAAAAUCUUUCUGCUGGCUUGCCUGAUGAGUUUUCACCCACAACAUCCUCAACCCCCAGCACAUGCACUGAUACUCUUUCACUCUCUUCAACUGACCACGAAGAGACAGAGAGGGCAGGGCAGAAUCAAUCAGCAAGUACUAGCAGCAGAGAAACCAUAGAUGCUGAAAAGGCAAAACGGAUUGUCCAAGAUGCCCUGGAAAAACAAUCUGGUGGUGAGGAAGUGCUUGAAAAAUACCAGAUAACCAAAACUUUAAAGCACAGCACCAGAUGGCAGCUUGUUAAUAUUUUUAUCAGUCACAUGACAGAGAUUCAUGGGAGGAUCCCCACCCGCAAGCAACGGGAGACUUAUGCCUUGGGCAUUGUUUCUCUUUUUCCUGUUCUGAGAGACCCAUUUUCAACAAAGGGCUAUAUCAAUCAGGACUUUGCUCUGCUGUUCAAUGCCAAAACAUCCAAUAAGUUGCUUGAGAGGUGGGAGACAGCAUUCAAGCACAAGAUCAUCAACGAAGCCAAGUCUCUUACUUUGACAGCAGAAAUUCAGUGUCUUCUCAGUGCAGCUGGGGGACAAGGAUCUGAAAACGGGAGGAAGAAGACUAAGAUCAGUCCAACAGAGGCUGUUGAUAGGCUUGUGCAUUUCCAUAAGUCCCCCACCAGUAUUGAAGCCCAUCUCAGUGGGAGGGAGGGCUGCCAGCCAUAUCUAUUGGCAUUAGGAAGGAUCAAGGGCAGGAUCGACAAAUUCUGCAUGGUUGUGGAUAAAUACCUCAUCCCUUGCGCAGGAACUAGCUCCUUGAGUGCUAUAGAUGAACUCUUCAAAGUCCAUUGUGUGUUCAACCUGUCGUAUGAGGAAGCCCUUGUCAACAUCUUUACUUUCCUGCAGACUACAAUCUACAACAUUGAUGCUGGUCUUACCAGUGAGUCUCCCAGAGUAAAGGAAUUGCUGCAAAGCUUUUAA